CUUGUGGUUUCCCAUCUGCAUUUUUCUUUGACGGCAGCUGCGAAGUGACUGUCGCGGCGGAGCUCAUCAACAAGACUUGGUCGAAUGUUCCUGCCGUCCAAUUUUCAACAAUGCUAUGGACAAUUAAAUUUAGUGCACUCUUCAAUUGAUUUCAUACCUAAAACAGCAUUGAUACAACAACAGCUACAAGUAAAAAGUUGGAAGUCAGAAGUCGCGACCAAUUCGCGAAACAGCUGUGGCGUAAAAAGCUUAGUGCUCCAGCGCUCGAGUGAAGCUGUGGCUUGUCACCUUGUUCGUUCUGAUGAAUCUCAUGAAGUGAAUAUUAAGAAGUUUGGAGGGUGAAAAUCAUGGCGUCGGAACCUGAAAUUGUGGCAGAAGGUGUUAGUGGAGGAGUGGAACCUGUUGUAGAGGAGGCGGUUAAUGUUGUUGUUCCUACCAAAUUUUCUUGGUUGCAACCCCAUGUCAUCUUCGUGGUUAUCCUUGUUGGCGAAGAUGAGGUUCCCUUCGGCAUUCAGAAGGACUUCCUCUGCGCCAAGUCAUCCUACUAUCGAGCACAGUUUACCACGAAGCAGAGUGAGGAGCCCGGGCUUGAGCACAUCGUCAAGCUUCCACAGGCUACUCCUGAAGUCUUCGGCUAUGUCCAGAACUUCCUAUACACCGGCAGCCUCUUUCCCGAAACAGACUCUCUUCCUGGGUAUGAAAUUUUGAUUGCUUCUUGGAAACUAGGGUAUGAGCUAGGUAUUGAAGGCCUCUGCGAGGAAGCCCUCGAAGCCAUGGCUGAAUGUAGACGUGUCACUCAGCACAUUCCUGCUACUCCCCUUCUUGUUAAGGCCUGGAAAGAUUCCCCAGAGGGCUCCUCUAUCCGUACGCUUCUCCUGAACUGGGCUGCAGAGUACAUCAGAUCUUCUGAGUCCCGACAAGAAUUUACGAAAUCCUUACCUCAAGAGGUACUUAGUGAGCUUGUGAUAGCCAUGAGCCACCUCAACUCCUCCCCGGUCAUCCAGGUGAACCCCGUCUUGCCUGCUGCCAACCUGGUCCAGAGGAAGAAUGUACACUACCUGGAUCCGGACGAGACUGAAGACGAUGUAUACUCGAAACCGCAGAAGCACCGUCACUCAGAUGUCGCCCCUAACCGGCUUAUAUCCGGCGAAAGAAAAGUUGGGGCUAAGAAACCCGCCUCAAGAGCAUCACUUCCCCUGUCAAAGCCUAUCAAGGUCAAGCGAUCCAGUCUGAAUUCUAUCGACCCUUCGCAGUACUCAGCCGAAGACAAGCUCUGGUUCUGUGAGCGCCUCUUGGGUAAGAUGCUCUCUGGACCUGGAUUCUGGACUCGGCUGAUUGGCCCGUUCCGUGAACCUGUCCGACCUAUCGAAGAUGGCGUGCCGGACUAUCUGACAAAGAUCAAGACCCCCAUGGAUCUCAGCACGGUCAAAGCGAAGAUGGAUUGUAAGGAGUACCGAGACGAGCAAGAGUUCUCAGCCGACAUCCGUCAGAUCUUUGCUAACUGCUACGCUUACCACGAACGAGGCUCUCCGAUGUGGCUCAACUGCGAGAAAUUCGAGAAGACGUUCGAGGAGAAGUUCGCGGACAUGCCGAAGGAGAUUGCGAAGAUGUUGGGCGACAAGACUUCCUAGUAGGCGAGCUCCUUGAUCGGCGGAGAUAUCUUUAUUAUAUCGAUUGAUUUGCAUGCAUGGUGGGAUUUGGAUUCGGCUAGGUAUUGCCUAGGUGUGCACUUCGCACGAUUUGACCCGUGGCGCAUGGACAGGCCAGUUUACUUGGAUGAACCGGGUUUGGAGUCUAUGGCGGCAGGUUAUGUUAUUAAUAUAGGAAAAAGGUAGCACAGCACAGCACACCAUCAGCAUGGGCACGAGCAUGCAUGUCUUGAUGUAAGUCAGGCGGCGAAACAAGACUCUCUCAUCCGAGUCCCUCCAGAUCGCUUAGUCGAUCCCCCUUAAUGGCCUAUUUUACAGAGGCAUUGCAACGCGUGUGCAUUUGCAGGCUAGAUGCGACUUAGUUAGCAUUAAACUAGCAGAUUUGUCUUUUAGGUAGACAGGAUCGUUGUUUUUCUUUUAUAUCUGUUUUGCCCGGAGUCUUUGCGUGCGAGGAAGAGAGGGAGGAGGGACAGAGACUGAAGAGGAGAAAACUUAUACUUUACUGCCCUUUAAUUCUAGGGAUAGCACGGCAGCAAGGUUUAGGAGUUCCUGAUAUUGUGCUGGCUCCCCCGCAAUGGAUGCGAUUUGUUUUCUUUUAGA